AUAACGAAUUAAAUUCCCUAUAUAUAUAUAAUGGUACAUGAUUGGUCCUGUAUCCAUAUCUUGUAUUCUCUACUGAAAGACUCUCUCAGUCGCCAUGUCUGUCUCCCCAAAACACUCAGCUUGUACUCUUCUUGACUUGCACUGCAAUGAAGCAACAAGCGAUGUAGUGUACUUGGAUUCCAACAUUCACAGCAACUAUGAAUUCGACGAUGCUGGUUCGAACAAUGCUCUUCUAUGGAGCGACUCUGGUAGUGUCGAUGAAGAAGACCGUCUCUUGAGCUUGUUAGACUCUGAACUUGAUCAAGUUCAGGAAAGAACAAGGUCUCUAAUACAACUUCGCAAGACUAAGUGGUUGCGCAAUGCGCGAGAAGAAGCCAUAAAUUGGAUCCUAAAGGUAUGUGCAUACUACAGUUUUAGACCUGAGACGGCAUAUCUUUCUGCAAUUUAUCUUGAUCGUUUCCUUUUGUCGCACACAUUGAAGCAAGAUAAAACAUGGCCUCUGCAGCUGCUAUCAGUUGCAUGCCUUUCGCUUGCAGCGAAAAUGGAAGAAACCAAGGUGCCUCUGCUAUUGGACCUACAAAUGGUUGAGCCAAGGUUCUUGUUUAAGCCGAAAACAGUUCAGAGGAUGGAGCUUCUGGUUAUGGCAACUCUCAAGUGGCAACUCCGAGUUAUAACAAAGCCUUUCGAUUUUGCUCAUCUUUUCAUUCUUAGACUUUCUUGUUCUUCAGCUUCCACAUUAGGCGAUUUAAAUUAUCUUGCUUCUCGUGUGUCUGAUGUUAUCUUUAAAACAUGUUUAGUUAUGGAUUUCUUGGAGUUUUCACCUUCCACAAUAGCAGCAGCGGCUCUGUUAUAUGUAACAGAUCAAUAUGUUGAUGACCUUAAACUAUAUGGCUUCCACAAGAAUAUAAGAAUUGAUAUGGUGCAGAAAUGUCACAACCUUAUGAAGCAGACAAUUCAGAGGUCGGAAUAUAUUUUGCCCAAGACUACUCUUCAGUUAAUGCCCCGAAGUCCAACUUGUGUGCUUGAUCUUGCAGAUAUGCAAGAUAAUCAUAGUGCUACUCACAAAUGAAGAUUUAGAGGAGUCACUAUAGCCAAGGAAAUUUUGAACAUGGCUUUCAAAUUGUUCAUUAUUGCUUAUUGAUUGGUGUGAGAGUGUGUAUCUUCAAUAAGGCUCAUCAUGAAAUUAAAAGUUCUGAACCAAUUGGAAAAAAAAUGGAAUGAACGGUGUCGCUCCUAUUUUGAUAAUGUCACUCUUUUUAUUACACAUUUAUACAAAUAUAUAAUGCAAAAUAAAAUGUGAGGAGUGACAUUAUAAAAAUGGAAGUGAUGUUGUUAUUCUUAAAAAAUGUGUUAGAUAAUUCUAUGAUGUUGAAUUAUUUUUUGUGAAAUAAAUAACAAGGUGUGCUUU